CUUGGAAUUAUUGUACAUGUGCUCCCCGCCAACCAAUGAAUGCCGGCUUGGCGAUUGUGGACGAUGCCCCAAGGACAGCCAUUUUACGCUCGAGCGGCUUGGAAUCCCAGAAGAAGCAGAAAUUUUGGUAGCUGCCUGGGAGUCCGGCAACCUGAUAAAAAAAUCUUUGGAUUCAAUGACAUUCAUGAACGAACUUCAGACACUGGUAGGAAGAUGGAUUCCUCAUAAUCAGAUCAGGUCAAUUCAAGGAAAGGCCAUAUACACAGAAAAACUGUGCGAAGAAAAGGGAAGCCUCGUGCUGCAUUUUGAUUUUGCGGAGAAUUGGACCGUUGUUCUUCCCGAUGAGGUCCAAGCCUACCACUGGCAUAAGAAGCAAGUUUCGGUUUUUACAUGCGUUGCUACAACAAGAAAAUCCACGCGUAGCUUCGCUGUCAUCAGCGACGAUGUGUGCCACGACUCCGCCCACGCCUGCUGCGCAAUCGGAAAGAUAACAGACUGGCUUGAUGACAACGCUCCCGUGCACUCGCAAGUGACUUUUGUAAGCGAUGGAGCAGCGAGCCACUUCAAGAACAAGUAUCAGCUACACGAGUUUAGAAAAUUAGAGUACCCUGCAGCCAAAUGGCUAUUUUCCGCCACUGGGCACGGCAAAAAUGCAUGCGAUGGCGUUGGAGGGCUUGUGAAGCAUCAGGCUACUCUAGACAACCUGCGACAGCCGGCAAGCAUGGCAAUCCAAAAUGGACAAGACAUGUCAAGAAUACUGUCUCAGCAUCUCAAAGGGGUCAAGCUGCUCUACUUGGAUGAAACUGAACUUGUAGAGUUCCGGAACCGGAAGAAGGAAGAGUGGAGCAAUGUGCGAGCCGUCCGUGGAAUUCAGAAGUGGCACGUAUGGCGAAGUCGCAGAACGGGGCAGAACUCGGAACUAACUGUUUUCCGGACCGCGGAAAGCGCAACGACGAUCACUAUUUCAUAACCGCUGCUUGAACAUGUUGAGUGUCUAUGCAUUUUUAUUUAUUUUACAACAAUGACAGACGACGCAUCAAGAGACAGCCGGAACGAGUGGACAAGCCAAGG